UGAGGCCGCGCGGGAAACCUGGACGCUGGCGCGCAGGCACCUGUGGACUCCUCUUUGGCUCAGCUGUCCCACGCGGGGCUGGCGGCGGUUCUUCCCGCUCGUUGUUUUCCGGGGCGCGGGUCGCGGAGCUUUUGGCGCACUUGAAGGUCCCUACGGACCCCAAGAGGAGCAGGCGCGGCGCGGCGCGCGGGGGCCUCAGCUCGGCCCGGAAGUCCGGCGGCGGCAGCGGCGGUGGCUGGCCAGUGGACACGGGUGGCGUGCGCGGCUGCGGGGGCCAUGGGGCGGCGGGCGCGGGGGCGGCGACUGCAGCAGAGGCAGCGGCCGGACGGCGCGGAGGACGGUGCCCAGGGCGGCGGGAAGCGCAGUGAGGCGGGCUGGGAAGGCGGGUAUCCCGAGAUCGUCAAGGAGAACAAGCUCUUCGAGCACUACUACCAGGAGCUCAAGAUUGUGCCCGAGGGCGAGUGGGACCAGUUUAUGGGAGCGCUCCGGGAGCCCCUCCCCGCCACGUUGAGAAUUACUGGUUACAAAAGCCAUGCAAAAGAGAUUCUCCAUUGCUUAAAGAACAAGUAUUUCAAGGAAUUGGAGGACCUGGAGGUGGAUGGUCAGAAAGUUGAAGUUCCACAGCCCCUCAGUUGGUAUCCUGAAGAACUUGCCUGGCACACAAAUUUAAGUCGAAAAAUCUUGAGAAAGUCUCCCCAACUGGAAAAGUUUCACCAGUUUCUGGUUAGCGAAACUGAAUCUGGAAAUAUCAGCCGUCAAGAAGCCGUUAGCAUGAUUCCACCACUGUUGCUGAACGCCCACCCUCACCAUAAGAUCUUAGAUAUGUGUGCGGCACCUGGAUCAAAGACUGCACAGUUGAUUGAGAUGCUGCAUGCCGACAUGAAUGUCCCUUUCCCAGAGGGAUUUGUCAUCGCUAAUGAUGUGGACAACAAGCGCUGCUACCUGCUCGUUCAUCAGGCCAAAAGGUUGAGCAGCCCCUGCAUCAUGGUGGUCAACCACGACGCAUCCAGCAUACCGAGACUCACGAUAGACGUGAACGGAAGGAAAGAGGUUCUCUUCUAUGAUCGCAUUUUGUGUGACGUCCCUUGCAGUGGAGAUGGCACUAUGAGAAAAAACAUUGAUGUUUGGAAAAAAUGGACAACCUUGAAUAGCUUGCAGCUGCAUGGCUUACAGCUGCGGAUUGCAACGCGAGGUGCAGAACAGCUGGUGGAAGGUGGUAGAAUGGUGUAUUCUACGUGUUCUCUAAACCCCAUUGAAGACGAGGCAGUCAUAGCAUCUUUACUGGAAAAGAGUGAAGGUGCUUUGGAGCUUGCUGAUGUGUCUUCGGAGUUGCCAGGACUGAAGUGGAUGCCUGGACUCACACAGUGGAAGGUGAUGACGAAAGAUGGACAGUGGUUUGCAGAGUGGGACGAUGUUCCUCACAACAGACAUACCCAGAUUCGUCCUACCAUGUUCCCGCCAAAGGAUCCGGAAAAGCUGCAGGCGAUGCAUCUAGAGCGGUGCCUUAGAAUAUUACCACAUCAUCAAAAUACUGGAGGGUUCUUUGUGGCAGUAUUAGUGAAAAAAUGUUCAAUGCCAUGGAAUAAACGUCCACCAAAGCUGCAGGGCAACUCUGUGCAGUCAAGGCAGCCUAUGCAGGCAAACCCUGCAGACCCCACAGCAGGAGGAGCUGCAGACCCCUCCGAGCUGGAAAGCAAACCUGUAGCAGGAAUUGGCGACACAGAAAUAAUUGAAAGAACUGAGAAUGUAGAGAAUAAUGGAAAUAGGAAAGAUGGCGUGUGUGGUCCUCCUCCAUCUAAGAAGAUGAAGUUAUUUGGAUUUAAAGAAGAUCCGUUUGUAUUUAUCCCUGAAGAUGACCCAUUGUUUCCACCUAUCCAGAAAUUUUAUGCUUUGGAUCCUUCAUUCCCAAAGAUGAACUUGUUAACUCGGACUACAGAAGGGAAGAAAAGGCAGCUCUACAUGGUUUCUAAGGAGCUGAGAAACGUGCUGCUGAAUAACAGUGAGAGGAUGAAGGUUAUUAACACAGGGAUAAAAGUCUGGUGUCGAAAUAACAGCGGUGAAGAGUUUGACUGUGCUUUCCGGUUAGCCCAGGAGGGAAUAUAUACAUUGUAUCCAUUUAUUAAUUCAAGAAUCAUCACGGUGUCGAUGGAAGAUGUUAAAAUUCUUUUAACCCAGGAAAAUCCAUUUUUUAGGAAACUUAGCAGUGAGACAUACAGCCAAGCUAAGGACCUGGCCAAGGGGAGCGUCGUCCUGAAGUACGAGCCGGACCCCACGAAACCAGAUACCCUCCAGUGUCCCAUUGUGUUAUGUGGAUGGCGGGGAAAGGCCUCAAUUCGAACUUUCGUGCCCAAGAAUGAACGGCUUCAUUAUCUCAGAAUGAUGGGGCUGGAGGUGUUGACAGAAAAGAAGAAAGAAGGGGCCGUCCUGACAGAAGAGAGUACAGCCAGCUCUGGGCCGCCAGAGGAUGAGAUGAGUGCGGAACAGCGAGCAGAGCCGGCUGCCAGCCCUGAUGCCGCCCCCGGCAGUGACCCCGCAGGGGCUGCCCUGCCCCGGUGAGGAGACCCAGGGAGACCCCUGAAUCAGCAGCACUGCAGGGGCCUACAUCUUGGUGUCUAAAACCAAAUCCAGAACUUCUGCUCAACUGCAAAGUACAGAUUUUUAAAGACUGGACGCUUGCGGGAUGAUGGGGCGCCGGAUGAAUGGACUCCGUGCUGCGUUCACGAGGAGGCCUACGAGAAGGCGUUCUUGUUGCUUGUUAGAAGUUGCUCCUGUCGUGGUUUCCUCGGCAAAGCUGGGUCCGGGGUGCCUGCUGUAGGCAGUAAACUGUUGCUGUUUAAGUCUCCUAUCAGGAAGUGCGGCUGCCCUUGUGGAAGAUUCCAGGUCCUUUUUGUAUGCCUAUAUUGGUCUAAAGGUCCAGUGUUUCUUUUAAUUAUUAUUUAUAGAAAGAAUCUAUAACUCCUUAUGAAGUGUUGGAGAACUGUGCUCUAAGCUUAAAUAAUUAAGUUGCACAUUAGCAGUGCGACAUUAAUAUGCAGUGGGGUCAACAUCUGAGGUCUCAGAUGACUUCUGUGCCUUUGUAAUAAAGGGUAAAAUAGACUUUCUCAGAGCAAGAGUCAUAUUGUGAAUUGUGAGGGUUUUAUGUGCUUUUUUAUUGAAUGGAGUGCUUUGCAAUUUUCGUUUUUAAACAGGUUUUGGGCUCCUUGAAACAUUUAAAUAAAGAGUUAUUAAUGAUAA